UAACGCCCAGAGGCAGAAAGGCAGUACUAGAGCGAGGCUCACACUGGCUGCUGUUAGCUGCAGGCUCGCUCGUAUUGGCACUGCUGUAUUUGUUGGGGGGAUUUCCAUCGACUCACUGCUGUAGAGACAACCAGAGGAGAUCAUGGCAAGAGAGUGGAGAACGUAUACAAAUUCCAGAGGCUACAAGGAAACAUGCUGUAUAGGUGAGCAUGUGAGCUUAUGGGAGAUGAAAAUGGAUCCACAGUUGGACAACCACUACCUGCGUAUGAGAUACACCCCCUCGUAUCCGCAACCUGUGGUCUUUUAUGUCCCCGAUGUGAUGCAUGUGACAGAUGAAAGUGGACUUCAGGGCAUCUUUACGGAUGGCGGCUUCCGGAUUGCGCACUAUGGGAAAAACAACUUCCUGUGGUUUAGCCUGUCGGUGACUGACAACAACAUUGCUGAAGCUGAGGACAAUUUCCUAGACUAUAUAUACCCAGAUGGUUGGAACCAGCAGGAAGGUUUCCUGAAGGAUUUCACCACCUCGCCUGCCUUCCAGAGCGAGUCUCGUUAUGGCAACUUCUGCUUCACCUUUUCUCUAAGGGAGCUUCUUUCUCAUUACGCCUCCCAGUUCUGUUGUAAUAGUGCCCCAGUUUUUCGUGUUUUGGGCACAAAGAUCUACAAGCAGGAGAUUAUGUACUCCGUUUUGGUGCAUCCACGAUACAUUGACCACUAUAAACAUUAUUAUCCUCGGCUGCCUCGUGGUGAUGAAGAGGUGUGCGGGUACUUUCAAGGCCAGAUGUCAUGGAGCUGUCAGGCUCCAUCAGGCACCCAUUACCACAUGUUUCAAGUGGAUAGGAAGGAUGGAACAGUGUAUGGGAGCAGACUUGGACCCCCAAUACAUUAUGUGUGGGAUCACGUGACUGUGGCCUUCCACAUGGAGCCGCAGUGGGUCCUGCAUGUGAAUCGGACCCGGCUGUAUCAGACCGUGACCGUGUGUAAGGUCGCUCAAGUGAAUCUCCUGAGGGAUCCAGGCGCUGCCCUCAGUAAGGACAAAGCUAAGAGGAUACUGGAGCUUUUGGGUAGAAACUACCGCCUAGUCUAGAAUCUACUACUGACCUGUCUAGUGUGUUUGCACUUAAACACGUGUUUCUGGGAGUCUGUAUGUGUGAGAUUGUAUAGUUUUAAUACUCAUUUUUACAUAAAGCUUUAUCUGUGCCUCCUUCUUUCCCCAGAUUUAAUUGGUUUAAAUAAAAUGCCACACAGGUGAUGCCUUGCUGUGAAGUGGCAUCGGAACAA